AUGCCGGCUUGCGGCUCAACAGCCAAGGCGGAGCGUUCUACCUAUGGCAAAUCUUUCAACUCCAAUGGUGGCGGCAUCUACGCCACGGAAUGGACCUCAGAUUACAUCAAGAUUUGGUUCUUUCCCCGCAAUGCGAUUCCGUUGGAUAUCAAAGAAGGAAACCCAGAACCCAGCUCCUGGCCAAAGCCUCAAGCAAUUUUCCAAGGUUCUUCUUCCUGUGACAUUGAAAAGCAUUUCGCGAAUCAGAGUUUAGUAUUUGAUACUACCUUCUGUGGAGAAUUUGCAGGAGGCGUUUGGGGAAAGGAUGGUGGAAUCUGCAGCCAAGGAGGAAAAUUGACUUGCGAACAAUUUGUGGCGGCAAAUUCAGAUUCCUUCAAAGAUGCGUACUGGCUGAUUGAUUCCGUCAAGGUUUAUCAACUAGGAGAUCAUCCAAUGGAUCUACGCAUGCCUGAAAGAAACAAGUACAGAUACACUUAG